AGAAAGAAAUUCAGUCAGAGCAGCAAUCUUCAAAAGCAUAGAAGAAUCCACACAGGGGACAAACCUUUUGAAUAUUCAGAGUGUGGAAAGAGAUUCAGUCAGAGUAGCCAACUUCAAGAGCAUAAAAGCACCCACACAAGGGAGAAACCUUUUGAGUGCUCAGAGUGUGGAAAGAGAUUCAGUCAGAGUGGCAAUCUUCAAGUACAUAAAAGAAUCCACACAGGGGAGAAACCGUUUGAAUGCUCAGAUUGUCAAAAGAGAUUCACUACACAUAGCCAUUUAAAAUAUCAUCAAAGAACCCACACAGGGGAGAAACCUUUUGAAUGUUCACAAUGUGGAAAGAGAUUCAGUCAAAGUAGCCAUCUUCAAGAUCAUAAAAGAACCCACACAGGGGAGAAACCUUUUGAAUGCUCAGAGUGUGGAAAGAGAUUCAAUCAGAGUAGACAUCUUCAAGAGCAUAAAAGAACCCAUACAAGGGAAAAACCUUUUGAAUGCGCAGAGUGUGGGAAGAGCUUCAGUACAAUUCGUUACCUUCAAUAUCAUCAAAGAACCCACACAGGAGAUAAACCAUUUGAAUGCUCAGAGUGUGGAAAGAGAUGCAGCGGGAGUAGUAGUCUUCAGUACCAUGAAAGAACCCACACAGGGGAGAAACCGUUUGAAUGCUCAGAGUGUGGAAAGAGAUUCAGUGGGAGUAGUAGUCUUCAGUAUCAUGAAAGAACCCACACAGGGGAGAAACCGUUUGAAUGCUCAGAGUGUGGAAAGAGAUUUAUUCAGAGUGUCAGACUUCAGUAUCAUCAAAGAUCCCACACAGGGGACAGACCUUUUGAAUGUUCAGAAUGUGGAAAGAGAUUCAGUCAGAGUAGCAGUCUUCAAGAGCAUAAAAUAACCCAUACAAGGGAGAAACCUUUUGAAUGCCCAGACUGUGGAAAGAGAUUCAGUAUGAGUCGCUAUCUUCAAUAUCAUCAAAGAAUACACACAGGGGAGAAGCCUUUUGAAUGCUCACAUUGUGGGAAGAGAUUCAGUCAGAGUGGCAGUCUUCAAUAUCAUCUAAGAACUCACACAGGGGAGAAACCUUUUGAAUGCUCAGAGUGUGGAAAGAGAUUCAGUUGGGGUAGCCAUCUUAAAGAACAUAAGAGAAUCCACACAGGGGUGAAACCUUUUGAAUGCUCACAGUGUGGGAAGAGAUUCUGUCAGAGUAGUACUCUUCAGCUGCAUAAAAGAACCCACACAGGGGAGAAACCUUUUGAAUGCUUAGUGUGUGGAAAGAGAUUCAUUGACAAUUCUACUCUUCAACGGCAUCACAGAACUCAUACAGGGGAGAAACCUUUU